CCACAUGCCUCCCGCAUCAUCGUCGCCAUCAUCAGAUCCAACAGUCGGUCCCUGUAUACAAACAAACACGGGAAACACUCCAUAUUCUCUUCCCUGUUGUGUACGCAGCCCGUCCGUCCGCCUGUCCGCUCAUCCAUCCCGCCUGUGUGCCACCAACAAUGGCUCCCUCCCAGGCCGCCCAGGUCAAUCUCUCGCCCGCAGAGCUGUCCUUCCUGCGAUCCUCCCUCUCGCAAACCCCGCCUAUCCGCCUGGAUAAUACCAAAGGCCCCAGGGAUUUCCGCUCCAUGGUUGCCGAGUACGACGUUUUGCCGAGCACAAACGGAAGCGCUCGCAUUGCCUUGGACGACGGCACAGAAGCCCUGGUCGGCGUCAAGGCCGAAGUCGAAAAGUCCCUCUGGCGCCCCAAUGUCGAAGGCAGGCGCGCCCUUUCAAUCGCUGCUGGCGACGUGGAUAUGACCGACGACGAUAAGCUAGAGAGCCACGAUAACAAAGGAAAAGGCCAGAACUCGUGGAUCGAAAUCAGCGUCGAGAUUCCCGGCUAUCGCGACGACGAUGCCCUGCCCGUCUUCCUCGCCUCCAUGCUCACCGAAAGCUUGCUAUCCAGCGGCGAGCUCAAGGACAGGUUAUAUAUCAACAACCGAUUCCACUGGAAACUAGGCAUCGACAUCCUCCUCCUAUCCCCACCUCUCUCGUACCCUCUCGCCCUCCUCUCCAUGACCACCCACCUCGCCCUACUCACUGCACACCUCCCAGCCCUCAAAUCCGAAAAAGACGAAGACCCCCUCUUCGACGACGACUGGGACGCCGCCGUACCUCUCUACCCCAAGAGCGACUCGUCAGGCGGCGCAAACGUCGACAAACCCCCCGUCAUCGUCCUCGCCAUGGCCGUGGGUCCCAACAUCAUCUUCGACCCUUGCAAAGAAGAGCUCGCAGUCGCAGAUGCUGUCCUAGCUAUCGCCUGCGCGCCUUCAAACGCAUCGUCUACCGGUCCCCGUAUCGUGUCUAUCCGCACUAUUGACCCGCCUUCCCAUCUCACCCCGCCCGCCGUGCCCAAUGCUAUGAAUUCCGCGACGGGGGGUGUCGCACCGGCUUCCACUGCUGAGGCGUUGACACAGCGCGAGCUCCUUUCGGCCUCGGGAGUAUGGACGCCGCCGCGCGGCGGAAUGAAGCGCGAUCUCAUCAAACGUGUUUCGUCAAUGGUUGUGGAUAAAGGAGGAGUUGCAGAGGAAGUCAUCGCGGCGCUGCAAGCCAUUGAAGUUGGCUGA